GCCACCCACACCACACCACACCACACCACACCAGCACUACUCUUCCUUUGCUCGCUGAGCUGCGCGUCCAACUCAUAGCCAGAGACACAGCACACGCAACCCGCAUUUCCAUUCUGUUCAAACUCUUUCAUUCUGCCCCGUCGCUGCUGAGCUCGCACCCUCCGCCGCCCCGCCCGGAGCAAUUCGCCGCCGUUUUUUUUUUUUUUUUUGCGAAAAAUUCGCCGCCGUUGAAGGAUCGUUCCCGGUCGGCGUGAUGAAGAAGGUUGUGCUGAAGCUGGACCUCCACGACGACAAGCAGAAGCAGAAGGCGCUCAAGGUCGUCUCCGGCCUCCAAGGUAUCGACCAGAUCGCCGUGGACAUGAAGGACCAGAAGAUGACGGUCAUCGGCACCGUCGACCCCAUCGACCUCAUGGCCAAGCUGCGCCGAAAGCUCUUCCCCACGGCGCAGAUCGUCUCCGUCGGCCCGGCCAAGGAGGAGAAGAAGGACGACAAGAAGGGCGGCGACAAGAAGGACGCCGCCGGAGGGGACAAGAAAGACGGCGGCGGCGACAAGAAGGACGGCGCCGGUGCGGACAAGAAGCAGCAGGUCGUGCCGGUGUACCCGCACCACUGGUACCCGCCGCCGCCGCAGCCGCGCUACGCCGUCCACAGCGUCGAGGACGACCCCAACUCCUGCGUCAUCUGCUGAUCCGCGCGAGCCCGCCCAGGAGAUUCCCUUUGUACAUUUCUGCACCAGGACUGUCUGCCUGCCGAUCGAUCGGGACCUGCUCAGCUCCGUGGUGCCGCUGACGGUGGUUGGUGGUUGCUGUACUCGUCAGCCUACCUGCUGCGGUGAUCGACGGCGUGCGCUAUAAUAUGUGGCCGUGUAAUUAACUAAGGAUUGCAGCUGUGCUCGUUCGAUAGCUGCUGUUUGGCUCUUUUUGGUAGAGAUGCAGUACAUCUGCCGAUCAGUUUGUAAUGUGCAUAUACAUAACCACAGCAAGAAGAACUAUAAAUAGAAAUCCACAAUUUAAGACU